AUGUCUUAUCGAAGACGAGAACCAGAUGAGAAUUGGCAUUUGAAUAAUGCAUCUGAAGUAAAGAAACAUGACACUCUAAGGCCUAAAAUAACGAGGACAUCUUUCGUAGAGGUGAAUUCUAAGUGGCAAUUGCUGCGACAAAUGGUAGCGUGGCGGUAUUUGGUAUCAUGGCUGUGCUUUUGGGUAUGUCUCGUGCAGUAUUACGAAAAUACGGUGGUGAAACGUGCAAUGGGGAAAUGCCAAUGGUCAAGCUGGGAAGCCUGGCCACAAUCGGCCACGCCGCACCAUAUGGCCGUGUUGGCUGAUCCGCAGAUCAUGGAUGCACAUUCGUACCCGGGAAGACCAUGGAUAGUAAAUUUCUUCACACAGAAAAUUGUUGACAACUAUCACGUCCGCAACUGGAAGUAUCUGCACCAUACUUUGGACCCAGACUCCACAUUUUUCCUGGGCGAUCUGUUUGAUGGUGGUAGGUACUGGGAAGAUUCGGCCUGGAUUGCAGAAUAUUCGCGUUUCAAUCGCAUUUUCCCGAAAAAGCCAAAUAGGCUAGCUGUAAUGUCACUUCCUGGCAAUCACGAUAUCGGAUUCGGAGACACAAUCAUGGAGGAAAGUCUGUCGCGAUUCAAAGCCUAUUUUGGAGAAACCUCCAGUAAGUGGGAUGUCGGCAACCACACCAUUGUGCUAUUAGACACCAUUUCACUGUCCGACACGCAGAACGAAAAAGUUUCUGCAGCACCUCGCAGCUUUCUCGAUUUAGUGGCUCAAAGUCCCAAAUCAAGUCCAAGGAUUUUAUUGACCCACGUUCCCUUGUGGAGAGACCCAGAUGUCCAGACAUGCGGGCCGGAACGUGAAUCACCAAAGCCGUUUCCAGUCAUGAAGGGUGUGCAAUAUCAGACGCUCAUCGAAUCCGAUUUAAGCCAAGAAGUGCUACAGAAAAUUGGGCCUUCGUUAGUUUUAUCAGGCGACGAUCAUGACUACUGCCACGUCAAACACACAUAUUCAUCCAAAGGAGACACUGAAACAGCUGAAGAAAUCACGGUCAAGUCGUGCGCUAUGAAUAUGGGUAUUUCGAGACCUGCGCUACAGUUGUUAUCAUUAUACAAUCCACAACAGUCACCAUACGCAGAUGACACCUACCGCACUAACAUUUGUUACCUGCCCGACCCCUUCAAGGCCUUGCAGAUGUAUGUUUGCGCCUAUAUUUUGACACUACUGUUUAUUGGUUGGAUGUCGGUAGCUCCCAAGUCUUUCAAAAAGGUGCUAGGCUUUAAAUUAAGGAAGAAGACAAAAGAUGGCAUGUUGGUUUUACCCUUAGCAUCAAAAAAGGGGUCUGUUCCUAUUAAUGACCUCUCUGAUAUGUCUAACUUGAGCGCUGUUGGUAAGACUCAGAAUUUUAUCGUUAAUGCUUCUGUCAUGAGUCUAAUGCUUAUGCUUGUGUUUACGUUUCAAUAUACAAAGGCUUAA